AAAGAAGAAGAAAGAACAACAAGAAAAAAGGAUGAUGAUGAUGAGAGUUCUCCAUGCUUGAGGCAAGCUCCGUGCGCGCGCGCCAUGGCGAGAAAGAAACGACUUCCCUGGUCGCUCCUGAAGCUCGUGCUGGUGCUGUGCGUCCUCGCGAGCGCGCAGCAGAACGUCUUGCGCAUCGGUGGUAUCUUUGAGACAUUCGAGAACGAGCCAGUGAGUGUGGAGGAGCUAGCCUUUAAAUUCGCUGUGACCAGCAUAAACCGAAACAGGACGCUUAUGCCCAACACAACGCUUACUUACGACAUCCAGCGCAUCAACAUGUUCGACAGCUUUGAAGCCUCGAGGAGAGCCUGUGAUCAGCUGUCACUGGGUGUGGCUGCAGUCUUUGGCCCCUCCCACAGCUCCUCAGUCAGUGCUGUGCAGUCCAUCUGCAAUGCGCUGGAGGUUCCUCACAUACAGACACGUUGGAAACAUCCAUCUUUGGACAACAGGGACAGCUUCUACGUCAACCUGCACCCAGAGUAUGCCUCCAUUAGCCGGGCCGUGCUCGACAUCGUGCACUUCUACAAAUGGAAGAGUGUCACUGUAGUGUAUGAGGAUGCAACAGGCCUGAUUCGUCUGCAGGAGCUGAUUAAAGCUCCGUCCCGUUACAGCAUCAAGAUUAAGAUCCGGCAGCUGCCUGUGGGGAACAGAGACGCUCGGCCACUUCUCAAGGAGAUGAAGAGGGGUAAAGAGUUCUGCGUCAUCUUCGACUGCUCAUACCAGACAUCAGCCGAGGUGUUAAAACAGUUACUUUCUAUGGGCAUGAUGACUGAGUACUACCAUUUCUUCUUCACCACACUAGACCUGUACGCUCUGGAUUUGGAGCCGUACCGCUACAGUGGCGUAAACAUGACCGGUUUCCGUCUUCUGAAUGUAGACAACCAUCAGGUGGCAUCGGUGCUGGCGAAAUGGUCCAUGGAGAGAGUUCAGGGUCCACCGAAACUCGACACUGGCAUAAUGGAGGGCAUAAUGACGACUGAAGCGGCUCUGAUGUACGACGCCGUGUUCAUGGUGGCAGCGGCGGCACAGAGGGCGUCACAGAUCACCGUCAGCUCGCUGCAGUGCCACCGACACAAACCAUGGCGCUUUGGUUCGCGCUUCAUCAACACAUUUAAAGAGUCGCAGUGGAACGGAUUAACUGGACAGAUCAUCCUGAACAGGACAGACGGACUGAGGAAAGAUUUUGACCUGGACAUUAUCAGCCUGAAAGAAGAUGGCAUGGAAAAGUCGGAUCCUGGGCGUUUUCAUAAAGUAUGGAAGAAGAUUGGGGUCUGGAACUCUAACACGGGUCUUAACUUGACAGACGGCAAAGACAAGUCGGGUAACGUUACGGAGUCCAUGGCCAACCGGACUCUGAUCGUCACAACUAUUCUGGAAAACCCAUAUGUGAUGUAUAAGAAAUCAGACAAGCCGCUAUACGGGAACGACCGCUUCGAGGGUUACUGCUUAGACCUGCUGAAGGAGCUGUCCAACAUCCUGGGAUUUUCCUAUGAGGUCAAACUCGUCUCGGAUGGCAAAUAUGGUGCCCAGAACGAUAAGGGAGAGUGGAAUGGCAUGGUUCGAGAACUUAUAGAUAAUGUAGCAGAUUUAGCAGUGGCCCCACUCACCAUUACCUACGUCAGGGAGAAGGUGAUCGAUUUCUCCAAACCCUUCAUGACCCUGGGAAUCUCCAUCCUGUACCACAAACCCAACGGCACAAAUCCAGGUGUCUUCUCCUUCCUGAACCCGUUGUCACCUGAUAUCUGGAUGUACGUCCUACUCGCCUGCCUAGGAGUCAGUUGUGUCCUAUUUGUUAUUGCCAGGUUCACACCUUAUGAAUGGUACAAUCCACACCCCUGCAACCCUGACUCUGAUGUAGUGGAGAACAACUUUACGCUAAUCAACAGCGUGUGGUUUGGGGUUGGAGCUCUAAUGCAGCAAGGUUCCGAGCUGAUGCCGAAAGCUUUGUCCACUAGGAUAGUUGGGGGCAUCUGGUGGUUCUUCACCCUCAUCAUCAUCUCAUCAUACACGGCAAAUCUAGCUGCAUUUCUCACCGUUGAGCGUAUGGACUCGCCCAUCGACUCGGCCGAUGAUCUCGCCAAACAAACCAAGAUCGAGUACGGAGCCGUGAGGGACGGCUCCACCAUGACGUUCUUCAAAAAGUCAAAGAUCUCAACAUAUGAGAAAAUGUGGGCAUUCAUGAGCAGCCGUAAGAACACAGCUCUGGUGAAAAACAAUCGUGAGGGAAUCCAACGUGUGCUGACCACCGACUACGCACUCCUGAUGGAGUCCACCAGCAUCGAAUACAUCAGCCAGCGCAACUGCAACCUCACACAGAUCGGAGGUCUCAUUGACUCCAAGGGCUAUGGAGUGGGCACACCAAUCGGUUCCCCAUACCGCGACAAAGUGACGAUUGCGAUUCUGCAGCUGCAGGAGGAAGGAAAGCUGCACAUGAUGAAGGAGAAGUGGUGGCGAGGAAACGGCUGUCCAGAGGAGGACAGCAAGGAGGCGAGCGCUCUUGGUGUCGAGAACAUCGGAGGCAUCUUUAUCGUCCUCGCCGCUGGACUCGUGCUCUCCGUGUUCGUGGCCAUCGCCGAGUUCUUUUACAAAUCACGCAAAAAUCUCGAUGUAGAGGAGGCCAGUGUUGGCCAGUGCGAGUAUCACAAUAAGUACUGACCACAACUCAUGACAGAUAUGGAUAAAUAUUAUAUCGGACUACACAAUAUUUCUUCACGGUCCUGAUUUGGAUGGUACUUAAGGCAUUUGGAACUUCGGAAUGUAAAAAAAAAGACCCUCCCUCAAAGGGAAUUAUUGGUGACGGGUAGUACCAGGAAGUAUUUUCAUAACAGUCCUAGUCCUUUAUUUGUCUUUUUCUCCUUUUAGGCAAAAAAAAUUUUGGCAGGGUCUAUAUAUAUACAGGGUCUGAAGUAAUCUCCUGCACUCUGCGUUGUCCAUGGAGCCAUUUGGGAUUCAACCACAAGUACACUAUUCUUCAAUGUUUCAUAUACUGAACAAAAUGUGUAUGCACUACAUAGUGAGAUUUUAUUUUAUACCCUAUGUAGUGCCCUCAUUCUCAAAAUUGUCAAUCAGCAUCUAUAGGAACAUGACAUAAGAUAUAAAAGAAGGGUUAGCUUUGUUAGCUUUGGAGAAACCUUUCCCCAUGUGGUGUAGUUUUGAUGAUGACGAUGAUGAGGAUGGUUAAUAUUGCUACAUUCUCCAAAUGUGUUUGUGUCAGAGUUUUUCCUCUUUUAAACCUGUG